GGCAAAUAAUACUGUACUAUUAUAAAAUAAUUUAUUAUUCUACAUAUUUUAUACCCAUUCACUUCAUCGCUACCCAAUUCUUCUGUAUUUUGUUUUCUGACGUACGUUCUAUUUUGUACACCCAAUUACAGUUCAUCAAAUUGUUUGCAAUGGCUGGGUCUGCUCUAAGACGACUUAUGGCUGAAUAUAAACAGCUGACAUUAAAUCCUCCGGAAGGAAUCAUUGCCGGGCCAACCACUGAAGAAAAUUACUUUGAGUGGGAAGCUUUAAUCACAGGACCAGAAGGGACAUGUUUUGAAGGUGGUGUUUUUCCAGCAAAACUUAUAUUUCCAUCUGAUUACCCAUUGAGUCCACCAAAAAUGAGUUUUACUUGUGAUAUGUUUCAUCCAAACAUUUAUUCAGAUGGGCGUGUAUGUAUUUCAAUUCUCCAUGCACCUGGGGAUGACCCUAUGGGUUAUGAAUCCAGUAAUGAAAGAUGGAGCCCUGUACAGAGUGUCGAAAAAAUUCUUUUAUCUGUUAUUAGUAUGCUUGCCGAGCCAAAUGACGAGAGUGGGGCAAAUGUUGAUGCCGCUAAAAUGUGGCGCGAAGAUCGUGAAGGAUUUAAUAAAGUAGCUGAAACAUUGGUCAGGAAAACUUUAGGGAUACCAACAAGUAAAUAAGUUCAGGUAGGUAAAAUAAUUUAAUCGAAACAUUUGGCUAGCAAUGAGCAAUGAUAUUUGAAUAUCCACGUGUAUCUGUCGUACUAUAUUACUAAAAGCUAAUAAAAAAAACAUGUACAUACACUAUUAAGUUAAAUUUUGAAAUAUAAGUUAUGUAUUUUAUAUUUUAUACAUAUUUAUGUGUUAAUUAAUACUGGAUUUUUAUUUUAAAUUUGGUUCAGUCUUUGAAUGUUAAUGUAUGGUGGCAACAGAAUAAAUAAAAUCAUUUGUAGUUUA